GGUGCAGAGAAGAGCUCCGACGCCACUCGUUCUCCAGGCCACCCCGGCUGCAAUGUAUCGGUCCACAAAAGGAGCGUCCAAGGCCAGGAGGGACCAGAUCAAUGCCGAGAUUCGGAACCUCAAGGAGCUGCUGCCCAUCUCGGAGGCGGACAAAGCCAGACUCUCCUACCUGCACAUCAUGUCCCUGGCCUGCAUGUACACCAGGAAGUCCGUCUUCUUCUCUCAAGAACCCGGACCAACUUGCGACGAGGAGAGCGCGACGUUUCUGUCCUUCCGCGAGCUGCUGGAAAUGCUGGAUGCCGUACCAGGUUUCUUACUCCUCCUCACCGGGGAGGGGAAGCUACUCUACCUGUCGGACGGCGUUGCCGAGCAUCUCGGACACUCCAUGGUGGACCUGGUUGCCCAGGGUGACAGUGUGUACGACAUCAUCGAUCCUGCUGACCACUUCAUAAUGAGGAGCAACCUUGUGUCUAGCACUUUACCUGACACAGACCGCCUGUUCCGCUGCCGCUUCAAUACUUCAAAGUCUGUCCGCAGACAGAGCGCCGGGAAUAAGCUGGUGCUGGUCCGGGCUCGCUGUUUAUCAUUCCCGAGCCCUGGAUCCUUGCCCAGCUCCUACUGGACCACUAACCCGGUGUGGGUGUGCUUUUGCGCUCCGCUGGAGCCCCGCCCACCGUGCGCCGCUCCUGCCAGGGAACCUGCGCCGAGCCCGUCGGCCGACCACACCUUCUUUCUGGCCUGUUUCCAGUCCCAGCACAACCGGGAUAUGAGACUGCAGGAUGCACAGGACAGUGUGAAUGUCUAUCUGGGAUUUGACGUGGCAACACUACGCUCCCGCUCUUGGUACAGCCUUCUGCACCCGGAGGACCUCUCACACGCCUCUGCGCAGCACUGCCACCUGUUGAGCGAGGGAGGUGAAGGGCGGGUGGAGAUGGUGGUCCGGGUCGAGGCGGCUGAUCGGUCGUGGGUCUGGCUUUACAUGGUGCUGCAGCUCGAAGCCGGAGAGAAUCUCAUCAGCUCCUACAACUACAUCAUCAGCGAGUCGGAGGCGUGGUCAGUGCGACAACAGCUGUCCACAGAGCAGAGCCAACUCAGCCUCGUGCUGAGCUCCAGCACCUCCUACCAAGACAGCCUGAGCCUGCAGUCCCCCGACACGCUGUCCAGCCCAGACCAGGUCUUCACGCCCGGCAGCAGUGGCCUCUCUGUCCAAUCCUUCGACUUCAGUGCCACUGUGUGCGGCACGGGUUCUUCGGAAGAGUUAGGGGGCGCUGCUGCUGCCACCGUGGAGCCCAUGCAGCUUGAGAGUGGUCCACGCUCAAGCAUUUCUUCGCUCGAGGAGGAGAGCUUCUUUCAACAGCAGCAGCAGCACCAAUCCGCUGCCCCAGCUGCCAGCCCUGCCUCGACAUCUUCUCCCACUCCAGUGACUGUUGCCACGGUGUCCGACUUGGACUUUCUCACCCAGAACAUCUUCCUGCCCCCGUCCUUCCCCCUUGAACCUCCGCUGCCUGCCCUUCCCCUGCCUCUUCCUCCUGUCCCGCAGGCCCAGUCCCAACAAGGGAAGGAGUUUGUGUGCACGCCCCCGUACACCCCACAGCUUGCGGGGGGCAGCUUCCUGUUCGGAGAGUCUCUCCUGAGUUUCGAUCCAACUGGGCCCGCCACCCCUUCACCACCAGCCCCCAUGACCACCCCCCCUUCUUCCGCUGCUCCAGCCCUCUCCCCUUCAGCUCCUGCCACUACGGCCAGCAGCCCCUCUGCUCCCACACCUCAGCCGCCCCUUGUCCCCCUGGCCCUGCCACCCCCCUCCUCUGAGCUACUCUUCCCUUCGGAGCCCUGUAGCGGGUCCCUCUAUGAGAAACUCCCCCCCACCCCGGACAGCCCCGGAGAUGGCGACUGCACCAUUAUGACCCUGCCGGAGGUGCACGGGCCCCUUUACGUUGAUGUGCCGCUCGGGCCUCUCCACUACCUACCCGAUGGCCUCCUCACGCCAGAGGCGUCUCCAGGAAAGCAGCCCUGUCUGUCCUUUUUCUCCACAGACAGAGAGAAGGACAAGGAGAGAACCGAGAUAUCGCUGUUAGCCCAGCACAUUAGCUCUAUAGCGGAAGGGUUCUACCCUGACCCCACUAUCUCAAAACACACACCCUCAUCCUGCUCUUCUUCCCCUUCCUCCCCCUCUCUUUCCCCAACUCAUUCGCAGAGCCCCUCUACUCCCUUUCCUGAUGAGCUCAACCCCAUCAAGUCCUGGAAAAGCCUUGAUUUUCCUCUCUUUCCAGACGACAUCUCUCUGUUUGAAGAGAGUGUCUUAGACACCUUGCUCCAGGAUCUCUCCUCCUCUUCCUCCCCCUGUCCUUCCUCCCCUGCUUCCUCUCGCGCCCCAUCUUCUCCCCCUACCCCAGUGUGCUGGCGCCCAUCCCCUCACGUUGAAGGGGGCUCUGCUGUGGGUGUUGGCCCCGUCUGUAGCGUCCAAUCGGCGCACUGUAACUGCCUGGCCGGGAGUGGGGUGACGGGCUCUGCCGAUGCAGGGGUGGCAGGAGACGGGGAGCUGCAGGCAGGAGACAGGAUGGACAUAGAGGUCACACCGUCACCGCUCUCAUCCUCCUCUCCUGUCCCAGCAUCCCCACCCUCGCGAUUAACCGCCUCCCCUGCCUCCGCCCCCGGCACACCUGUUGCCCCCACCACCCCCGGCCUGCCUUGCGCCCAGUCCCUCCUGGAGGAGCUGGCCGCCCUGGAACCCAUGUUUGGGGCAGGUGCCUCGAUCGCCCCUGGCCCGGGGCAACAACCUGAGUUGUAUCAACUCCAGUGUCGCCCGCCGCUGCAGCGCUUCCCAGAAGAUGGAAGUGGAAGUGAUCCUCAGUUCUAAAUAAGUCUGUGACUUACUUCAUUAAGUAUGGCAUAUUGUCAUAUUUUGUGGAGCUACCACUUUUGGUGAAAAAGUUAAUAUUUGCUGUAUAAAUAUAUAGAUAAUGUAUAUAAACUGACAUUUACGUUUGUGUCUGAGAGGAACAAAUUUCAUCGACUCGUUAAUUUAUUUAUCAAUGUAUUUUUAUUGCAACGACGGUGCGACAACGUGUUGGUGAGGUGAUCCCAUCUUGGGCCGGUCAUCGGCUCGGUUUGCGUCACGCUCCUUUCCUGGACUCGAUGAGACAGAGACUUGGCCUUGUAAGGGCAAUUCAACUUACAGAUGUAUUUGUAUUCACUCGUAGUGAGGAACUUUUAUUGUGGACUUUUUAGGGAAAAAAAAAAAGAUUGUCCUUGCUGCCCUUGCAAAUAAGAAAACAGUCGCCUUGUUUCCCGAUAAGGCCUGUAACGCAGCGACACAAACACAAAAGACAAUCGAAAAUAUGACACAGACGUCAAUGUAGGCCUGACCGAGAGCAGCUAAACUCAGUUUUUUUCGGGACUCCGUGACGGCAAUGUCGGAUCGCACAAGAACCACAUUUAACUGAAUUUCCAAAAUGCAAAACCAAAGUUAGUUUUACGGUUUCGGGCACAUUGAGCUUUGUGUUUGUGGCUGCGGUCGUUCGGCAUCUCAGUUAUUUAUUGAUUUAAUACUUGUGUCUCAAUGUGGUGUACAAAUGUUUCUGAAAAUACCAGUGUGUAUUCCGGGAAGGGGGAGGUGCACCAUGUUUUUCCUUUAACAUGUCAUUAAUAUGCCAAGUGUAAACUGAUGGGCACCUCCCUCUUUUUUUCAUCUGCAUUUCUCGUGCCAUAUAUGAAACGAUGCUUCCUGGUGAGCGUGAUGUUGUUCGACACACGCGGUGCCGGGCUAACAUGUUGUACAGUCGUUUCUGCCGGGCGGCGUUUGAAAGGCCAGGUUCACGGCCUCUCGGGCGCUGCCUUCCACAGGACUAGGUCCCAGUGGCCAUCACAGGUUAUUGCUGCAUCAGUAUUUGCAAUGCUGGCAACGUCCAGCGCUUGCGAUUCGCACCUGUGACCCACUGAACUCUGGUCACCAGCAGUAGAGCCAUCUGUGAAACAAGCAGCCGUGUGACUCCGUGCUGGUGAGCGAAAGCCUUAGCUACACUGAGGGAGUCUCACUCUGGUUGGAGUCAUGGUCUGAUGACAGGUGUUUGUAUGAAUGGGCAAUUCUUCUAUUUUGAGGGGAACAAUUGAAAGUUACUUGAAGUUUUUUGUUCUAAAAAAUGAACUGGAAAAUAGGGAUGGGUACUAUUUCUAUUUAGUUAUUAAACGACACGGGUGGAGAAUGGUUCUAUUCCCAUGGUGUCGACUCGCUAACGUAGAGUUGUCUACGGUAAAGUAAAGGAUUGAUUCCUACGUUCUAACUAUUUAAGUGCUAAGUUUAAAAAAAAAAAAAAAACAAUCUCUAAGUAUAAUCUUGUAUGCGUGAAGACUAAAAAAUGAAUGUUGUUCAACCUACAUGCAUAUUUCUAUGGACAUAUGUACAGCAUAUCCUGUAUAGAGAUUUACAGGUAGUGGUGCGAAAAAGGCUGUAAAAAUUUGUACAUUUCUAUAAAUAUAUAUGCAUAUAUCAGAAUUUUUUAUUACAUGAAGAAAAUAUACUAGAAGCAUAUCUAUGAAGAAUGGACAUUGUGGAUCAGUGUUCUUUUUGUGUUGCUAAUAAGUGUAUUUGGCUGUCAAACAAAUGCAUUUAUAUUAAAGUGCACUUAAAGCAGCAUGA